AUGUGCCAGCACGUUCUCCCCAUAAUAGAGCACCAAGGCAGUGGUGUAGUGGUGAGCGUCGGCAGCAUCGCCGGCUUGAGGUACAUUGGAAAGCCCCAGGUUGAAUAUGCUGCGACGAAGGCUGCCAUCAUUCAGUGGAUGAAAACGACGGCUGUCAUCUAUGCACCCAAUGAUGUCCGUCUGAACACGUUUGCUCCUGGGCUCAUGGAUACCCCGUACACAAAAUAUAUGAUAUCCAGAUAUGCGGCGGAUAAUCAAGCGGAAAGAUACAUGGAGAUGCGUCAAGCGUAA